UCCCGAAAGAUAUCAAAUUCAUGUAAGCAGAGUCUUUUGACCCAAGAUGCAAAAUUAAAGUGCGAAAGAACUGUGUCUUUUGUCGUUGAUAGAAGUCCAUUUAUAAGAAUAAUGACAAAGGCAAUGUCAGCUUUAGGAUGUGAUUUUGAUCCUAAAAGACAUGUUUCAUGUGAAAAAUGUAGUAAGAUUGUGGCUGGUGGAUAUGACCCCUCAACUAAUCAAAUAGUUAUGUGCCAAGAAAAUGCUAUGGAUACCAGAUUUUGCGAAGGUACGAUGGCUCAUGAAAUGGUGCAUAUGUUUGAUUUAUGUAGAAAUAAAAUGGAUUUUUCAAAUAUUAAUCAUCUUGCAUGUACAGAGAUUAGAGCUUAUAAUUUAACACCCUGUUUAUUUUCUGGAUUUUUUUGGAGAAAUCCAAAUAUUGCAAUCCCUGUCAAACACACUCACAAACAAUGUGUGAGGUACAAAGCUGCCGCAUCUAUAGCCAUGUCGCGGACCAACAUUACGAUGGACCAGGCUCUUGAAAUAGUUGAUAAAGUUUUUGACAAGUGCUAUGCCGACCUUGAACCUUUGGGUUACAUACCUGCCAUAGGAAAUUACGAGAAGGCUAAGAGACUGUACCGAACUUACGAAAAUCAAAACCCUUACGAAUUGGGCGCAGUUUAGAAUAAUAAACCCUUUGUUUCAAGAGUUAAAAAAAAUCCUGGAAAAUUAUUCAAUUCGCAUUUAUCACAACUUUGUGAUAUUGUUAAAUGUGACGGUUGACAUUACCCUUUAUAUUUAAUACGUGAAAUUUGCUCAGAUAAUAUUAUAAGA